AUGGUCGUCAUUGGUUACCUCGACAGUAUAUUGCUCUAUGGUGGCAGCAUACGAGGAGCAUUCACAUGGUUAAACUUUGCCGAAUUCAAUUUCAUCAACGACUUUGGGAAGCUGUAUGGUGACGACCACUCUUGGCUGUGGUACUUCAUCUUUGGCAUCCCAUUGCUGCUACUGAACCAUAUAGUGCCUCUCUUACAGUCGCUAUGGAAGGGUACUUACCACCUCCCUAGUGGGAAUAAGCACUUCACUCUGUCCUUGCUCAUCUCCUGCUUGGUCUCACUCCUCGUACUCUCCUUGGCUACUCAUAAGGAGCUACGGUUUAUCAUGCCGAUGGUACCAGUACUGUGUCUAGUGGUAGCCCCGGCGGUUGGGCCCAUCAGGGGUGGUAUGCGAGUGGCACUUGUCGCGAUGAGAUGGCAUCAGUAUGGUCCUGAUAGGGUCAUGGCGUCGCUCUCUAGAGAGGCCACCCCAGGGGAUAGUGCUUAUGUAGAGAGCAAGACUAAGGGCUAUGACUGGUUGGUGGUGUGGGGUGGCGCUGUUCGUCGGGAGGACAAUGGGCUGGCCAAAUGGUUGAGGGAGGAUGGAGACUAUGAUUUGGUGCCCUUACGUGAGGAAGAGCAGGGGUUGUUACUGGGGUCUAAGCAGGCACGGAAAGACGAUGGAGCUCGUCAUCCCGAUUCCUGA